AUGAAAUUCUUGCUACUAGGCCUCUUUAUUGCGGCGGUAGCUGCUGCCCCGAAGCUACGAAAAGUUGAAAAUGACCAAGAAAUAAUACCAGGCCCUGUUAUUCUUCCUGAACCUGCGUUGCCAGUAGUCGUACCUGAAUCCGUUAUUCUUCCCGCACCGCAAUUACCUGUAGUCGUACCUGACAAUGUUGUACUUCCUGAACCCGAAUUACCAGUUGUCGUACCAGGACCAGGUGUCAUUCUUCCAGCACCCGAGUUACCAGUAUUGCCCGAACCCGCGCCUGAGUUGCCU